CACGAUUUAAGAUAUUUUCUUAAAUCGUGGUUUUUAUUUAAAAAAUGUAGUGUUUAGUACCGAUAUUAAUUUAAAAUAUUAAUUAACAAAACACAAAUUAAUAAUAACAAUAAGUAAUAACUAAUAAGUAGGUAUACAGAAAGAGCCUAACUAUACCGAAUUGUCUGAAUACUCUGAAUUACCGCAUCUAAAAUCUAUUUUAAAUUUGAAAUUGGAAUUCGACAUUUUUAUAAAGUCUGGGUACUGAAGAAAUGCACCAAAAAGGAGAGUCCAGUCAAACGAAGGAUGACAUUGAUUUACUAGAUGAGUUACUAAACAAAACUAACUGCGCUCACCUACAUUAUAAAGUCCAAGACUGCAUAGCCACAACAAAGGAUUGGAGAAAGUGUCAAGCUGAAGUGAAAGAGUUUAAACUGUGUAUUGAAAAAAAUCAAAAACUUGCAAACAAAAACAAUGUUUGAUAUUUCCAAUCAUGAAUUUAUUA